AUGGGUCGUAAAAAAAUAGAGAUGAAAUUGGUGAAGAACAAAGAUGCUAGGAAUGCCGCAUUUUCUAAACGAAGGCAAGGUCUCUAUAAGAAAGCAAGUGAGUUAUCAGUUCUUUGUGGUGCUAGAGUUGGAUUGCUUGGAUUUAGUCCCGGGGGUAAUCCAUUUGCUUUUGGUUCUCCAUCUUUUCAAGUCGUGAUUGAUGAGUAUUUUCAUGAAGGAGACGUUGAGCCUUUUGAAAAUGAAGAGAUCGACAACCUCAACCAAGAACUCAAGGCUUUGAAAAAAGAGAUAAAGAUGGAAGAAAAAAAGAUAGAAAAAAUUGAUCAAUGUAAAGUCCAUAUUGUCCCUGUUGAUCUUAGUUUGAAGGAACUUCAAAAAGUGAAGGCUUCAUUGAAUGAGAUCCAAGGUGAAAUUGAGGCAGCCUCAUCUCUACUCCUCCUUGCAAAGAAACCUCUGUUCAUUGUUCAAGGUUAA